AUGGGAUUCUUCAAAGAGGUUAUGGACCGAUCUACAGUGCCCGCUGAUGCAAGUAACGCGAACGUGACAGCCGGCUCCUCCAUCUACAACACCAACUCGACAGCUGGCUCCUCCAUCUACAACACAAACGCGACGGCUGGCUCCUCUUCCUCCAUCUACGACGGCAUGGAUCUGCAAACUUCUUAUCAAACUCCCGGUCGAAGCAUUGCGACGCAAGCAUUAGCUCGCACUCUCGAAGCCCAGGGAACCUUCUCUUGGACUUUGCCAGGAGAAGUGUCUCCUUCCCCUCCGACUCUUGAGCAGCCUUGCGAACGCGUAUUUGAACUCGGAGACGAUACUCCUCGGACGGCCAAACGUAUGAAGUUGUGCAUAGAGGAAGCUUCCAAUGAGUCGGGUCUCGACAAGAAACAGAUCAAAGCGGCUGAAAAGUUCGCAAAGCUGCACAAACGGCAACGCGAUACUGUCCUUUUCAUCAAAAUGCAGAGCAUCGAGAAGUUGCUUCAAAGCGGCGCACAACAGACCCAGAGCCCCGAGGCUCCAUAUGCAGCGCUUUUACUGGACAGCAGUUUCAGGUCAUACCUACAGACCAAGAUUAUCGGAUGUCUACUAUCUCCUGACAUCACGAAAUAUCUUGGUGGAGUAUCCGGCGCUCUUAUGAGCCUCAUUCAGCGAGAACCCGACCUCUUCAACAUUCCAGAGAAGUUAUUCGAGCAUCAAACACUUAUCUCCGAACUACAGAGCAUGGUAAUUGAUGGGCUUGCCAGUGCAAGAGGCUCCAUCAAGACAAAGCUCAAGGAAUCUCUCGGAAGAAAGAAGAAAGGAGCAGGGACGGGGCCUCAGCCCAUCUACACUCUCUGUUCCAGUUUGGCCCCGCCUGGUAUGGAAAUAAAGGUUACUCACUGGGCCCGAGUCGCCUACUUGCGAUACUGCUUUGUUAAAUUCCAGGUCUUCGCCAAGGAACCGCCUACCACCAACUCCGCCGCCACCACCACUGAGACAAUGUCAAGUGCACCCAAUGACACCCACUCUGACGCAGCAGCAACCGACACCGAUGCCAAUAUGGACACCGACACCCCCGCCAAUGCCAACGCCUCUGCCAAUACCAACACCUCUGCUGCAGCCAAUGCCGACCCCUCGAAGCCCCCCAGGAGUGUCAAGGCAUUCUAUCGCAAAACUCAUUUUUGGAGAUUUGUGGACGACUCACUUAGCGAUGUACGCCUCGAUGCCAAGGAGGCGGGAGUUACUAGGAUCGGUCAGCGACAGAAACUGAGCGAGUUUUUUCAGGUCAUUCUCAAGGAGGACAUGACAGACUAUGCGUCGCCAAACACCUUCAAGACACCCGCUCAGGACACUACGGCUGUCGUCACGGCCUGGCAGUGCAAGCUGGACAGGGCUAUAGCCUUUUGA